AUGAUAUGCAAUAAGAUCGAAGCGACUAUCAGAAAUGCAUAUAUUACGAUCAGUUCAAUUCGCACCGAGAACAAACUUCGUAUGGCGUACCUGUCUUAUUAUAAAACUGAUAUGUCUAAUGAAUCUUUAAUUAAUACCUCUGUCCAUCGUACAUGUUAUAAUAAAAUUGUAAAGAGAUUAUCGUCAAUUCAACACGACGAACAACAACUAGCGGAUUAUUCAGAAAUUUCAGGAAAUAUAUUGAAUGAUUUGUCAUUAAAUAAUUUAUUCUUUGAAAAAGAUAAUAAUUUGUCGACUAAUAAAGAAAGUAUUUUGUCAAAACAUCCAAGUCUCAAAAGACAUCGUAUUCCAUCAACUCAAAGCAAUAAACGAUUAUCAACAUCAUCAUGUAAUAAAACAAAAAUGAUGUUGUUUCAUGAAGAUGAAAUCCAAGUUAAUGAAGCGACUGCAAAUGAAUUUCAAGAAUUAUGCUGUUGGCUUCGAAAAUUACUUGUGCAAGGAAUAAUCGUUCCAAUGGCUGAAAUAAAAAUAAAUUAUAAAAAUAUUUUUUGUCAGCGAAAUAGAAAAGUUCCAUCUUCGACAUUACUUGGUAGUGCCAUUCGUGCACGCCUAGAAUUGAAAUUUGGUCAGCAGAUAGUGUUUUAUCGUAGAUCUAAGUCUGGAGGUUUAUAUGUUGCAAUAAAUGAUUUGUCUCUUGUUCUUAACCAGUUGAUGUCUAUCAAUUCUCAAGAACGUACACAGUUACAUCGUGUUGAAAAUAAUAAAAAUGAAAUAACUGAAACCAUUAGAUGUGAAGCUAUGUUUGACGUUAUUCAAUUUCUUCGAGAAUCUAUUGAAAGUUAUGCAGAUUAUUUUUUAAUGUUGAGUAAAAAUCGUUUGUCUCUUGUUGACUAUAAUUCAACAAUGUAUUGGCAAUGUAUUCCUCUUCCAUUGAAAAAUUUUAUUGGUAUGUUAACAAUGAGCAAGAGGAAACUAAAUGAAAUGAAAAGACACUAUGAUUUUUACUCGUUUCUCAAUAAAGAUAUGUUUUUCAAUGACCAGAAAAAAUUAAAAAUAUCAUCAAUAUCAUAUGAUGUCAUUAAUGCAAUUAAUGAACGCUAUAUUACGCCGAAGCAUUAUUUAUUAAGUAAUGAAAUAUUCAGACAUGAAAAGUCUGCUCAACUUCUCAGAAUUACUAAUCGUCUGGGCCACAGUUGUAGCUAUCAAACAAUGAGUCGAUUACAAUUUGAAGCUGCAGAAAAGGUGAAAGUGCUCUCUGAUGUACUUAAACAACGGAAACAAUCAUCCUGUGGGAUUAAACAUGAAUUUGCUGUUAAGGUAGCAGAUAAUUUUGAUAUGAAUAAAGACACUCUUCAUGGUCAAAAUAGUCUCCAUAUGCUCAAUCAAAUUAUUAUUCAAACAUCAGAUUAA